UAUAAAAAUACUUCAAUACAAGUUCUGCAUUCAGACAUUCAUAUUAUUACAGAUUGAAAGUGUCUCUCCUCUCUCCCAGGGUUACACCGACGAGCCGAUAACAAAGAUCCUCUCACACGUCGAGGACGGAAACAUCGUCCAGCUGGAUCGAUGGAACCUGAAUGUGGAGGCGAACCCCGAGGCCCGACCGGAGGACCGGGACGAGCAUCAGACCGACAAGCUUCCUAUCGACGUCUUCAACAACUACUUCAGUCUGGGCUUCGAUGCUCACGUCACGCUGGGCUUCCAUGAAUCCAGAGAGGCGAACCCAGAGAAGUUUAACAGCCGCUUCAGGAACAAGAUGUUCUAUGCAGGAACGGCCUUCUCAGACUUCCUGAGCGGGAGCUCCAAAGACCUCGCCAAGCACAUCAGAGUGGUGUGUGACGGUACAGACCUGACGGCCAAAGUCCAGGACCUGAAGCUACAGUGUCUGCUCUUCCUCAACAUCCCCAGGUACUGUGCCGGCACCGUGCCGUGGGGUCACCCCAGUGAACACCAGGACUUUGAACCGCAGCGCCACGACGACGGCUGCAUCGAGGUCAUCGGCUUCACCAUGACGUCUCUGGCCACACUGCAGGUGGGUGGUCACGGCGAGCGGCUCCAUCAGUGUAAAGAAGUGACCCUCACCACCUACAAGUCGAUCCCCAUGCAGGUGGACGGAGAGCCCUGUAAACUGGCUCCCUCCAUCAUCCACAUCAACCUCAGGAACCAGGCCAACAUGGUGCAGAAGACCAAGAGGAGGAUCUCCAUGCCCCACCUCAACGAUCAGCAGCCGGUUCCUGAGAAGCUCCAGAUCAGAGUGAACCGGAUCAGCAUGGCGGCGUACGAGGCUCUGCACUACAACAAGGACCAGCUGAAGGAGGCCUCGACUCCUCUAGGAGUCAUCACCGUCCCCGGAGACAGCGACCUGGAGACCUGCCGUCCGCUCAUCGAGCAUCUGCAUGAGGACCUGGACCAGGUCCAGGACCAGGACGGAGACCUGAUGAAGGUGGACGGUCUGUCUCCUCACAAGUUGUCCAUGAAGUGGUGUUUCCUGGACUGUACCACAGCAGACCGCUUGUACCGGAUUGACCGGGCUCAGGAGCACCUGAACUACGUGACGGAGAUCUCUCAGGAGGAGCUCUACAUCCUGGAUCCGGAGCUGGUCGUCACCGAGACGGUGGGCACCUCCCCCGGCGUGCCGGACCUGCUGGAUUCUGAGGACCACCAGGACCAGGACCAGCAGAGACAGUUCGUCUUCCCGGUCUCAUCGGUCUCCCCAUCAAUCCCCCCGAGACUCAGAGACCUCCAGAGAAAGAGGAUCUCCAGUGACAGUUGUGUGUCUGAGGUUUUGUCUCAGAGUUCCUCACAGAGCGCCCUCUGCAGGAGAGGAGCAAAGAUUGUUAAUGUUCAUCGCUCCAACACAACGCUGGCUGAAUUCAGACCCAUCGUUAGUCCUUCCAGAGCGACCUCACACGGCCCUCAACAAGAUGCUGAGUUGAUCCACUGCAUCAGGACUGAAGACCUGAACAGACUGACGGAGCUCCACCAGCAGGGGGCAGACCUCCUGCUGCAGGACGAGGCCGGCUGCACUCUGCUGCAUCACGCUGUGGAGAACGAGAGCAGAGAGAUCCUCAAGUACCUCAUCGACCACGUGCCCACGUCUCACCUGAACAUAACGGAGAAGGAGACAGGUGAGACAGCGCUCCACAAAGCCGCCUCCUCCUGUCAGAGGAGCAUCUGUCACUACCUGGUGGAGGCCGGGGCGUCGCUCAUGAAGACCGACCUGCAGGUAAACCGUCACUCACCUGUAACACACCUGUAACACACACUGACACGUUUACACUGUGAGCAACACACUCCACCUGGCAGGUGAGAGGGGAGUGAACAUUGUUAUUGAUAACAGCUGAAACAUAUAAGAACAUUGUUAUUGAUAACAGGUGAAACCCAUAAGAACAUUGUUAUUGAUAACAGCUGAAACUUAUACGAACAUUGUUAUUGAUAACAGCUGAAACAUAUAAGAACAUUGUUAUUGAUAACAGCUGAAACAUAUAACAACAUUGUUAUUGAUAACAGGUGAAACACAUAAGAACAUUGUUAUUGAUAACAGCUGAAACACAUAACAUUGUUAUUGAUAACAGCUGAAACACAUGAGAACAUUG